AAAAAAUCGGGCGUGCGGGGCGCGUAAGCUGCGGGAGGAGGGCGUGGGCCACACUAUUGCACCGUGAGCACGAUGUGUUGACCUAAAAACGCUGCCCUUGAGCUCUGCGGACACAAUCAUGAUGGAACCGGGCCCCUUCCAGCAGUCGUUCUACCCGGAUGGCGAGCACCAGUACCUGCUGCCCGACGACGACGGCGCGCUGCCCGCGUACGCCACGACGCGCCGGACCUGGAUCAUGUUUUGCGUGACGUUCGGCGUGCUGCACGGCUGCGCGGUCACGUCGAUGGUCUACGCGUCGUCGCUGCAGGGCAAGGACCUGUCGAGCGCGAGUCUCGGCGCGUUCUUCGCGGCCUACACGACCGCGGCCCUCUUCGUAGCGACGGACGUCGUGCGUCGCGUCGGCGUGCUCUAUGCGCUGCUCACCGGAUUCUGCGGCUACGUGCUCCUCGCGGCGAGCUACCUCUCCUACGAGAUCCUGGGCGGCGGCGCCGUGGCAGACGCAGUCGUCAUCUGUGUGGAAAUCAAAAUUUACGGCGCGUUCGUGCUGAAUCAUCGCGUCGUCCUCCACGCCAUCGACGCGACGCCUGCUCGACGGCGUGGCGGUGUGAAUUCCUCACCACUCGACCGAGCCAGGACGGCUGCGUCAUCGCCGAGAAAUGACUUAGUGAAGAAUUGUCGGGUGUACCCGACGCACUGGUUGAUUACCACACAGGUCGUCCUGCUCGCGUCGGUCGGGGCGGGCGUCGGCGGCGCGACGCUCUGGGUCGGCCAGACGCAGCACUACGCGCAGGCCUCGGCGGCCCACGCGGACGUGCAGCAGAUCCCGGCGAAGGAGGCGUCGGCGGACUUUGCCACGCUCUUUGCGGUCAUUUACGUGGCGAUGGAGGCCUGCGUCAAGGUGGCGACGGCGGUCGCGCUCGGCCUCGGCGCGACGCUCGAGGGCGCGACGGCGGGCUUGGUGGGCGUGGGCGCCUGCGCGACGGCGUUCUUCGUCCACGACCCGCUCGAGCUCGGGCUGGCGCGCGGCGCGCGGGGCAAGCCGUCGUCGGACGUGGGGAAGAGCCUGCGCGCCGUGGCGCUGGCGCACGUCGCCGACCCGCGGCUCUGGCUCCUCGCGCCCCUCCCGCUAGGCUUCGGCUUCUCGAGCGCGCUGUUCACGGACUGGGUCGACGGCCUCGUCGACGAGAAGCGCGGCGCGGCGGCCGUCGCGGUGUGCUCGACGGUGACGACCGUGACCGCCGGCCUCGCCGCGAUCGUGCUCGCCGGCGCCGCGAGGAAGGGCGGGCCGCGGGCGCCGGUCGCCGUGGCCUUCUCGUCGUACGCCGUGCUCGGCGUGUGCCUCUGCGCGCACUCGACGUCCGACCUCAUGGCGUGGCGGCAGCUCGUGCUGCUGUUCGCGCUGCAGGGCGUGAAUCGCGCGGUCUUUGAAAACUCGACGAAACACAUAUACGUGGAGUUCUUCCGGGGGACGCCCUGCGCCGCGGCCGCGUUGGCGUCGAUCUACGUGCACUCCGGCUUCGCCUCGACGAUCACCUACUUUACGCUCUUCGCCGAAAACAAGGGCCUCGGCGGCGCGACGCUCAUCGCCUUCGCGGCGUUGAUCGCAUUUGGGUUUGCGGCGGCCGAGACGCGGCCGAGGCCGCCAAAGUCCCUGGACGAUCCGUAUUCUUAAGUUUGUGUCUGCUUUG